GGUUAUGUGGUCUUCAUUCCUACCCGCAGGCGCAGAAGUACUUUCAUUUCAUAGUUUUCUAGUUUCUACUUUUGAUUUGAAUAGAUUUUUGUAAUAUGAACAAAAACGUGUAGUUUAUCCGUUUAUUGAUAAUGGUUCUAUUUUCCAGAUUAAUAGCGGUUAACUCUUCUUCCAUUGCUUAAUUUUUAGAAGUGAUUAAUCAAACUCUCUCAUAUAUAUCUUUACUCACGAUAGAUUAGAGUAAUAAUAACAUUAAAUUACUUACCAGUCUUGCUUUUAUUCUGAACGUAAACAACAACUUUUCAAGUUCCAGUCCACUUCCAAAGAAAAGAUGUCAUCAAGCUCGACUUUACCAGUCAAGUCGGAAUCCAAACUGCCGGCAAAUGCUUCACUUGCAGAAGUCAUACAUGGCAUGCUAUUUGGACUGGGAGAUUGCAGUAAGCCUCUUCUUACAACUGCAAAAAUGAUUGAAACCCUGCUACUUCAACAAAUGGCAGUUCUCCUUGAUCAAGUUGAAGAAAUAGCAAUGAGACGAGACUCUUCAAAGAUAGAAAUGCAAGAUAUUGUUUUUGUCAUGAGGAAAGAUAAAGCUAAGCUGACCAGACUUUUGAAUAUUAUAGGUUCGUAUACAUAAGAAUAAACCAUUUCAUUUGUAAUUUUAUAUAAGCUUAAUAAUCUUCACUUUCUUUAGGAUUAAAAAUGAUUAUUUUUCUAUUACAGACUGUGACAUUAAGGUUAUUUAUAGAAGACUCUGUAAUAUAUGGGCCGCGGGAUGACACCAACAUACCACAUUGCCAACUAGAUAUUUUGUUAGGGAUGGUCAAGACGAGUUCCAAUUUUUUUAAUAUUGGUGUCAAUUUUGAAAUAUUGGCUGAAAAAUAAAGGAAAGUU